AUGGAUCGAUUUAUAACUUCCACAUCAGUUAAAAAAAUUCGUUUGGACGUCGAACCAGCAGAAGCUCAAAAUGUGGACGACCCAACAACUCUCAUUUCUACUCACGUUUCACUUGCACCUGCACCUUAUUAUAAAUAUUUAUUUGACGAAUUUUAUAAGCUUCGAAAUGUGGAAAAUCUUAAAGUAACAGCUGUUUGUCAAAACUGUUCUAAAGUUGUUAGUGGGUCCACAAAAUCAAGUGGUAAUUUUUUAAGCCAUAUAAAGGUAAGCUUAAUUAUUUAA